AUGGAUUUAGCAUUUUCAGAUAAAUCUGCUUCAACUCAACAAGUAGAUAAUAGCAAUAAUAUUUACACCACUACUACUGAAAUGAUAAGUCUCCUUGAGGAAGGUGAAAUUAGCAGCAUGGAUGAAGUUUUUUUUAAUCAUAAUGACAUUAACAAUCCAACAGAAAUUAAAUGUUUUGAUCUGGGAAUUAAUACUGUUAACAAUAAUUCAUAUAAAUCAACAAAGAAAAUUUCUGUGGAGAAACUUUUAAUUUUGAUCUGGGAAUUAACACCAUUAAUAAAAAAAACAAAGGAGAAAUUCCUGUAG